AUGGUCGAGCAAAUGCAUGAUGUUGACAAUGGGUCUGAAAUACGAUCCCUAACCCUCGACACACCUGGACGGGUCGAGGAAUUUGGAAUGAAAGACUCGAUGGUGGAGGAUUUGAGGGAAUUGCUGAAUGCUUCUCCGCUGGCCAGUCGUAUCUGCACACCCUCCUCAACCGCAAGCAUCAGCACCUCUUCCAUUCUCACGCACGCCACACAAAGUGGUAGUGAAACUUCAGCCAACCUCUCUCUGUCAGGGUUAGAUGGCAGAUGUGAAGGAAAAACCGUGGAUUGCUAUAGAAGUGAGGCUGAAGAUCCAGUUCCCGCCAAUCCUGUCAGAAAUGAACAAGAUGGCACCAGGGGAAUUGAGAACACAGUCCAAACUCAAGCCUGUGGAGUGGACAAUAUCGGUAUUGGUGAUACUAUUGCCUUCAGAUUCCGGGGAAGUGACAGCGAGAAUACUUUGGAUUGGUCACCUCCAAACGAACGUCAGACAUUCCGAUUCAGACACUCGUCUGACUCGUACCUUCUGAAGUCCCUUGAUAUCAACUACUCCGCGUAA